AUGGCUCCAAGGAUCAUCAAAAGAGUCCCAAACCCCCAUUCUCAUCCAAAAUACAACGUCGAUUUCUUUGGAAAACGCUUGAAAGUAUCUGUCACUCGAAGUGCCUCAGUAAUCCGUCGUUGGAUCAGUACAGUCCGUUUCUUCAACCGCCGCUCAUUACACCCUCUUGUUGUUGGAAUCGGCGUCCAGUGGACACCAGAUGGUACUUCCGAUCCCCCACCGGACGUUCUCCACUUAGGUGUCAGUAACUGUUGUCUCAUCGUACAGUUGAAUCACUGUAACCGCAUCCCUAACGUCCUACGACGUUUCUUGGUGGAUCGUAGAAUCACUUUUGUCGGUGUUUGGAACAGCCAAGACAAAGGAAAGCUCGAGAGAUGUAGACAUCAGUUGGAGAUUUGGAGACUUCUUGACGUAAGGAAGUUUUUGCUUAGGUGCUUAUGGACUCGUUCGUUUGAGGAGAUUGUGGAGGAUUGUUUGGGGUACGAAGGAGUGAGGGUGGAUAAAGAGAUUAGUAUGAGUGAUUGGGGUGUUCGCAAUCUUUCUCGUGGACAGAUAUUACAAGCGACACAAGAUUCAUAUGUUUGCUUCAAGCUUGGUGUUAUGCAACGAUCUGGAGUCUUCUUCGGCGGCCAAAAGAAGAUGGAUCCAGAGGAAGAGUCGUCGGAGGUCAAUCGACGAGGUAGAGGAGUCGUCGGAGAUCUGCCGGCGAAGAGAAAUCGUCAAAGGGUUGUGACGGAGGUUGUCAUCUUUUCGAUGGCCAGGAAAGACGAAUCGGCUUCAGGUGAGAAACUGAUGGUUUCGGUUUCAAGUGGGAAACGUGAGUCUCGGCUUCUGACAGAGGCAAAGUCGAGAGAUCCCAGGAUCGGAGUCCACAAAGUGAUGUUGCUAGAGCAAAAACGAAUCGAGACCAAGGUGAAGAUUUGUGAGUCUUUGGUCCAGAUUCUUCUAUCAGCUCGAGUCAAAGGGAGCUGA